ACAACAGCGACUUAAUUGCUUGCAAUGUAGUAACUAAAGAUGGCAAUCAGAUGCAUCGAUUCCUGGCUGUAGACAUUUAUCAGAUGAGUUUAGUUGAACCAGAGAGCAAACGACUUGGCUGGGGAGUGGUGAAAUUUGCAGGUUUGCUUCAGGACAUGCAGGUGAUGGGGGUGGAAGAUGACAGUAGAGCUUUAAACAUCAUCAUUCAUAAGCCUGCAUCUAACCCUCAUGCCAGGCCCUUCCCUAUCCUCCAGGCUACGUUCAUCUUUGCUGAUCACAUCCGCUGCAUCAUUGCAAAACAGCGAUUAGCAAAGGGCCGUAUUCAAGCACGACGUAUGAAGAUGCAAAGAAUAGCAGUACUAUUGGAUCUCCCAGUGGAAACUACUUCUGAAGUCAUGGGCUUUGGACAUGCGUCACCAUCUGCCCAUCAUCUCCCUUUUAGAUUCUAUGACCAGUCUCGCCGUGGUGUCAGUGAUCCUACAGUCCAACGUUCAGUUUUUGCUUCUGUUGAUAAAGUUCCAG